UUGUAUCCUUUGUUGGUACAUUCAAGUUUUUUUUUUUUUUUUAUCUCCUACAUGAUUUAGUUCAAGCAGCUUAAAUUUUGUGAUUGACAGUUUAUGACGAUAAAAACAGCUUUUAUUUCAGUUUAAAAUGUUUUACUGUAAAUUAAAAAUCAAAAAUCUAAUAAGCAGACCAACUGUGCAUAGAUUACAUUCAUAAGUCGGCAACAUUUAAACAAACAAACAAAAAAAAUCGUAUUUUGCCAGGCUCCCUAGGGUAAAAAAGGCAAAGCACUAGCAAAAGAAGUGACUUAUUUUUUUAAUUAUUUUGACAUUUUUCUUCUCCUUUUCAUAUAAAUUACUCAUACAUAUAUAUUCAAAGAUAAAGUUUAUCUUAGACAGUCUUACAUUAUGCUGCAAAAACAUUGAAACUGUUUUUGUAUAACUAGUUUUGGAAUAUCUGUGCAUAUCCACCUUUUUAAAAUGUAUCGUUUAAAAACCACCGAUGCGUAUUUUGAUUGGUCAAUGCCGAUGACGGAGAGCAUUACGUAAUAUAUUUCCUUAUUUGGUGGCAUAGCCACGCCCCUAUAGUGAGUAUAAAGCCCUCGCGCAGCAGCUGCUGGCAUGGUUUAACCGGCUAGUUUGUGAAACGAGGUUUUUGAUGGAAAAAUACAGAAUGACCAAAAGAACGACUUCUCUGCUGUUUAAGGCGCUGGUGGAUAUGAAGGACGGCACACUGUUAAAGGCUGGACGUGGAAACAGCAGAAGAGCGCACUUUAGACACUUGGGCUCUUGUGGGAUCCUGACAGAAAGGAGAGCCAGCCUUCAGCUCUGCCCUGCAUCCCCCCUGAGGACAACCAGGUGCACCUUCUUCAACCUGGCUGCUCCCAUCAGCACCCGCAGGAUGGAGUACACGGAGAGCAGGAUAUUGCAGUACACUCCAGAAGAGAUGUACCAGGUGGUGGCCAAAGUAGAGGAGUACAAGUAUUUUGUUCCCUGGUGCAAGAAGUCUCGAAUCCUGAAGGGACCGAAGGGAAACGUUCGGGCAGAGCUUGAAAUUGGUUUCCCUCCCAUCACCGAGCGAUAUACAUCUGAGCUCACUUUUGUUCCUAACCAUCAAGUUAGAGCGGUGUGCUCUGAUGGAUCACUCUUCAGCCAUCUUGAAACGGUGUGGAGGUUUUCCCCUGGAGCCAAAGACCUUCCAGGCUCCUGCAAAGUAGAUUUCUUUGUGUCCUUUGAGUUCAAGUCUCUGCUGCACUCUCAGCUGGCCUCUGUAUUCUUUGACGAAGUUGUAAAGAAAAUGGUCAGUGCCUUCGAGUCCCAUGCAGCGACUCUUUACAGAAACAAGCCAGUCGCUUCCUUGAUGAGUCGUGCAGCUAUUAGCAACCACCUCUGACCUCUGCAGUGUCCUUAUCCUCCCGGGCUACUACCAAAACCAAGCAAUCAUGCUGCUUUCACUACAGUCAAUACUUGACUCUCAUCUGAGACCAGUUCUCCUGUUUGCACGCACCUAUAUAUUUUAUUGAUAUGUAAAUUGAACAUACUCAAACUGUAUUUAUUUUGAGCCAAAUUAUAAUUUAUUUAUAUGUCUGUACAUAUUUAUUUAUUUUGCUGACAGUAAUAAUACAUCAAAUAAAAGUUUUUGUUAAAUAAAAUUGCUUUGAGAGUUGAUUCCGAUUUCUUGUAGAGUAACUAAAACUGUUGUUUGUUGCCCAGUGACUGAUCAAAGCAAGAUGCCAGUAUAGAAACAAAGGUCAGGUUAUCGUAUUUGUAAUCUUUAUCAUUUAACUAAGCAUUCAAAGAAAAGGGGAAAACAUCUGCUUACAGGAACAGUUGCACAAUGACCCCCAGGG